UCUCGUGGGGUACGCUUGUUUACGUCCAAGAAAGUGCCGAUUUUAGUGGAUAUAUUUAGUACCUUUUCAUUUCAAGUCCGCCGACUAUUGUUUACCGCUUAAAAUUCAGUGUUCACGUGCUUUAAAAGGAGUAAAUUCCGGUGGAAGUUGGUCAAGUUAAUUCAUUCUACAAAUUAGGCCGUAUGAGAGAUGACAAAAUUCGGUCCUGGCGCAUCUUACAGUGAACAACAGUGUUUCCAGUGAGUGCCUUUUGUUCGAAGUUAAGUUCGUUUCCAAAGUGAGUGCAGUGGAUAAUGAGUGUAGUGGAACACUUUAGUUUAAGUUACGUGCAACUGUUGAUUUCCAUCAAUUUGGGAGAGGCUCACGGUCCCUGCAUCCUCCAGAAUAAACACAGAGGGUCGCGCCGAGGCAACAGGGAUGAAAGGAUUUCUUCGACUGUGCCGGGAAAGGGAGCAAGUGAACACCCGCUGGGAUCAAUUUGGGAACACAACGCAUGAGGACAGAAAAGAAAAGACAUAUUCAUACAAUAAAAUAUCUACGCCGCGGCACGGUACAGCCAUAACCACGGUCUACCAUCUGCUCAUCCUGGCCGGCAUGUUCGCCCUCGGAUCGGCCGUAUUCUGUCCAAACGGUUGCACCUGCGACGACGACAACCUGGUGGUGUCCUGCAUAGGAGCGAAUCUGGACGUGAUACCGAUCGCCCUGAACCCAAGCAUCCAGCGGUUAGUCCUGAAGGAGAACCGGAUAAAAGUCGUGGACGCAGGAACCUUUCAAUUCUACGCUGAUCUGAAGAAUGUUGAUUUGUCAAGCAACCACCUUCUCACCAUUCCCAACGGGAGCUUCGUGGCGCAGAAGCAACUGGUGGAACUCCACCUCAGACACAACAAGAUCUCUGCAUUGACCGAGAAAACGUUCCAAGGCCUGAAAUCCCUCACAGUACUGAACCUGCGUGACAAUUACCUAGAAAACCUUAAAGACGGUCUGUUCGCGUCGCUUUCUAAGUUGGAAGAGCUUGAUCUAGGAAAGAAUCGAAUAUCGAAGGUUGAACCAGGCGCUUUUCAGAAACUGGGCACCCUUAGAGUGUUGCACCUCGAUGAUAACCAACUGAGAACUAUCCCGUCGCCUGCGUUGGAACCGUUGAACGCUUUAGCCGAGUUGCAUAUAGGCUGGAACGCGUUCUCCUCGUUACCGGAUGAUGCUUUCAAGGGAUUGGCACAAUUGACAGUGCUGGAUAUAACUGGCGCGGGCUUGGACGAAAUCAGCGACGGCGCUUUUCGCGGAUUGAACGCUUUGCGUACGUUGAGUCUCGACGGAAACAAACUGCGAGAAGUGCCUACGAAACAAUUAGCGGUGCUACCUCGGCUGGAAGAGCUCACCCUGGGUCAGAACUACUUCACAAGCCUGAGGUCAGGCGCGUUCCAGGGUCUGCCCAAGCUGAAGAAGCUGGACAUAUCAGCGGCAAAGUUGUUAACCACCGUGGAACGAGGCGCAUUUUCGGAUAACGCUAACUUGGAGACUCUCGUGCUGAAUAGUAACAAGCGACUGACAACGAUGGAGGACGGUUCCCUAGCAGGAUUACCAAACUUGAGACACUUAAUGCUGCGCGACAACGCAUUCACGGGAUUCUCGGAAUCCCUGGUGGCCUGGAACGAGCUGCGCCGUUUGGAUCUAAGCGAGAACCCCUUUAUCUGCGACUGUGGCCUGCUCUGGUUGUCAGAGGUCCUCGCCCCGAGGAACUCGAGCCCGGUGAUAUGCGCGGAACCACCGGAAUCAAAAGGCAAACCCAUAAAGGGCAUGACACCGGAUGAACUGGCCUGUGCAUUUUCCGAUCCGAGGAAGCAAGCUUUGCUAGCUACACUAUGCGCGGCAGGCCUCGCGCUGCUCACCGGCUUAGCGUUGAUUCUCUACUACAGAUGUCGCAGGCGCGUCAGGGACGCGUUAAACUACAAAUGGAAGAACCGUUCGAGCAAAGAGCACGAGUACCAGAAAACCUUCUCCGAUGACGAGUACAUCGUUCGAGCUGCGCAUCCGCACCACCACCAUCAUCACCAUCAGCCCCAGAAUCAACAGAUGCCGCCACACCAUCACCACCAUCAUCUCCAACAACAGCAACAGCAGCUGCAACAGCAACAGCAGCAACAACACUCGCAAAUCUCGACCAGCAUCAAGCCUAUACCAGUGACGGAACUCACUACCCUAGCCGAAGGCUUCACCUACAUCGAUGGGGAGACGGCGCGACAGAUGCGCCGUCCGGGAACGCUGCCCAAUUCCGGUGCGUCCGGUCACCGUUCAGUCGGUCCGAUGGAGGACGGCUCGACGCCGUUGAGCAUCGCUGCCGAUAAUUGCUCGUCUACCGGCGGCCGAUUGCAUUACUCCAACCAUUCUCUGCGGCGCACCCCUCAGCCGCCUCACCUGCCAACCCGCGAGAACUCCAUCGAACGGGAGCAGAACGACUCGAGGGUGCAAAACGGUGUACCCGCCGGCCACCAGCACCCGCCGCCGCUGCCCUCGAGACACCAAGCCUCCUGCGGACAGUCCUCUUACCCCACGCUGCCCAUGAACGGCCACGCGACCCACCAGUAUCACCACUUCCCGCGCGAGAAGGAAAGAUCGUCUAACCGCGAGCGAAGCCGCGAUCGAGAUGUUGGCGUCCAAUCCGUCCCUCACCGAUCCGAGAAGCAUCGGGACCCCCAGAUGGAGAUGGAAAUGGAGAUGCACGAUGGGAUGGACAUGGGCGAGAUCGGCUCGUAUCGCGCUUAAGUGUCGCCGGGUGAACUCUCGUUUGGAGGAUGGUCGAGUGCAGACAGGCCGAGUGAAUUGAAACGAAGACUGAAUCCGAACGUUGAACUAGAGCACCGUCGGGCGACCGAGCUGAAAUGGCGGCGCGUUACACGCGGGACGCCGAAGAAGCGUCCGAGCGUACGAUUAGCGAGUGAUACUGAUAGGAUUCGGAGGGUACACUGAUUAAUCAAAUUGAAGACUGAUUAGGACUGGCACUGGUGAACAAUACCGACAGGCGAUUUACUGAUACUGGUACAUUCCAAUCACCCUGUUUACGAGGCCUUGGUGGGAGGAACGCUGAUUCAAAGUGGACCGAGAUCUUGGAUCGUACGUCCCGACUCCGCCUUGAACUGUGUUCCGUCGUUGAACCGAUCUGCGGAUGUACUUUAACGUGAACGGUGCUUCGACGAGGGAACGGGAACCGUCUCACGAGGAGAGUCGAAUGGGACACACGAAAAGAAAGUCGGAAUAUUACGGCGUGGAGAGAGGACCGAUUGAUUACUGGCUCUGGGGAUCGUCACAAAGCAUUCUCGCGUCUCGACGGGCCCGGAUAUAUUGCAUUCUGUGUCUGGAUACGUGUGUAAUAUACGCUCCAGAAAUUCCAUAACGAAUGGACGAAGUUUGCGAAGCGAGCGGGACGGAUCGGAAAAGAUUGCGACGUUGCGAGACGUUCUCCAGGAAUCACGUCAAAGGGGACAACGGGCGCGUCUAGCAAACCGAUCGUCUCGCGCGCAAAGACGCGCACUCUUUGGCGACUUUGAAGCAGCAUCGCCGGCGACGAGGAGUUCGGAAAGCGGAGGAAGAAAGCGGCGGAGAUAAAAGUGCGCCGCGAUCUUACGAAAAUGUUAGCCGAACGUCUAAGCGCGCGGGACAGGGAAACGCGUCGUUUGUAAAACGUCACGCUAGCGCGACGCAGUGGAAUUAUAUCGAAUCGCGUCUCGAACAGGGCGGAGCCUUCAGCGUUCCUCGCGCCGCUGGUUCCGGUCUGUCCAAUAAUUACUGGAACCGAACAGCCAUCGAUUACGAGUUCAGGAAGGACGUACGGAGAAUCGUAUUCGGGUUGCUCUGUCAAUAACUUGAUAUUAUUGUAUUUCGUUUUGUCAUGUGAAAACGAUGUACGACGUAUUCAUUGGUACAGCGAAUUUAUAUUGAUACACUUCCGUUUUCUUUAUGUAAUUACGUUUAUUUGUAUUAUUUACGAACGACACGUUUCGUAGGUUUCUUUGUGCUCGCGUCUCGAUCUCUGAACAGAGUACUUAAUAACAAUAAUUAUUCGAUAUUAUCGCCGACGAAACUUACGCAUUUUCCGGCGUUGCUUUGAACCACGUGACAAUAAACCAUUGGUUUUCAUUUUUCCUGCGAGAUUUUUUACGUCCGAUGCAGCUGGUAUAAUAAGACUUCCCCUGGUAGAUAUUUAUUAACGGUGGUGCAGACGCUUCUUGAAGAAUUAAGUUUCAUGGAAUUGAAUCUAUUUUCACGUGUCCUUGCAGCGUAUCGACAGUUCGCGCAAUAAAUGGAAAAUUCGAUGAAAUGAUCAUAUAUUAUCGAACCCCUCGAAUCAGCCAUGUAAUGGGGAACAUUUUUAUCAAUUUAAUGACACCGGCGAUUCACUCUGAAUACGUUCCGUAAUACGACGAUCGCGUAGCACCGGUUCACGUCAACUGGUGUACAUUCGAAGCGUGCGCGGAUUGUAGCCGACCGAUUAAUUAUGCCGAGACUGUCGAGUGCGACAGAAAGAGACAACCUCAAGUUCGAUGGCGCCUCGGCGGCCGACCCACGUGACAAGGGUGGAAGGAGUUUUCAGACACGAAAGCGAUCUUAAUGAGUCGACUGCCGAGUAAUCGCUUAAUUGAAUGUUCUCCUGUACUUCAUGAAUCAGAAAUCGUAUAACGAUCCUUUGUCUUUUCUUCUCUUUUUCACGUUGAAGGGUACUCCCGGUGGAAAACCGAUUCCGGGCUUGAAGUUUAAGUGUAGCACGGAAAUGACUCACACUUCUCUCAUAAACGUGUCUAAUUCGUUAUAAUCGUGUGUAUAAUCGUUGAAAUCUCAGUUGGAUUCCAGCCCCCCUUUUGUACUUUAUUUCACAACGUGUAUUCGUAAUACGUAUGGAACUUUAUUUCUAACGUCGGUAAGGCUAACUUUGUUCUUCGUUCACGCGGUUUUCGGAAUUUUCAAAAACGCGGUUCUUUUCUAUUACGCGCUGAUAAUGUAGUUAAGUGGUUAGGAGUGAAGGUUUCAUGGACGCUUAAUAGAAUUAUAUUUAUAAUCAUUUUCUUUUCUUUCUUAAGAAGAUAAAGGUAGUUUUAUUUUACGCGUAAGGAUAGAAUUAUGAUGUACAAAAACACGAUGAAAGAUCAUUAUUAUAAUGUAAGGUUUCUAACAUUAUUAUUUUGCUACUACGGAUCUAUACUUGACAAAUAUUUACGAAAAUAAGUGGCCUACAGUUAUACAAAAUGCAAUUGAUAAUUUUUCAUUUAUUUUAUUGAACUAGUUAUCGCCAGUAAUAUUAUUGACCCCAAUAUGCGAGGAAAACUUGAUAUAUAUAUAUUAUUUCCUUUCAAACCAUCAAGUUUUAUACAAACUGUCACAAUCAAAAAUACCAUACAUUAUCGAACGAAUUUUUUCAUGCAACUAAUAUUUCAAUAGACGACAAGAAUAUUGAAGUACCUCUGUUCUGUUUAAUAAUUACAUUGCUUUGAGAACUGCGACGUUUUCAUAUCAAAUCGGCGCAACGUUGAUCGUCCGUAUUGUGUUUAAGUUAUCGGUUUCUUAUAGACGCGAAAUGGUCGUUAAUAAAACACACUGUAUGCAUCUUUUAUGGUAGCAAUGCCAUAUGUAAAUAAAUUCUCGAAAUGUUUCUCUGUUUCGGGAGAAUCGGACUUAAUAUUUAAUAUCCAAGUCGCGGCGACGAAGUGCCGUGCAUAGGAAAAAUUAUCUGCUAUACAAUAAUCUCAAAGUUGUAAAUAAUUAUUUUUAUCUUUAAGAUUUACGGGAGUUUUCCUUCGUUGUAAGACGUGUAUAUAUUUUUCACGAGAUCGAGAAGCUAAUAUAUCUUCCUUUGAUAUAAGGAUACGCAAAUUUAACCGGGCCGUCUUGCCGUCACAGGCCCGCCACUCACUAAUAACGAAUACAGUAACAGAAUUUACGGAUCGAUUGAAUUCGCCCGAGUUUCCGGUAGCGAGCUUUCAAAAAGAAAAACACGUGACUCGAUGCACCGCUUGUUAUCGCGAGGAAUUCGACCCUUCAACGAUCGAAGCGCGCUAACUUUUUCACCCGUAAAUGAACCUGGCGUCUCUUAACACCAUCGAAACUCGCAAUCAAUUGCAAAAACACGUUUUCGCGCACCAACAAGUAAACGGUACCACUAAAUUUGUCUGUGUAUCGAUUUAAUAACCAUUGGUGCGGUGAUAAAAAAAUUCUAGCAGUCAUGUUAACACUUUGGCAUUGACAUUUUGGUGAUACAAUUUUUUGUAGAAAUUUUGAGGUUAAUUUUGUCGGUGACAUAUCGAACGAACCUAAUUUUGUUGGAUUUGUGAGAUACAAAGAGAAUUGAGAAGACAGUCGCCGUAAAAAGAUCUUAACAUUUCGGUUUCUGUUUUACUAAGAAAUUUCCUUUGACUGUAUGGGAUUUUAUUAAGUACUAAUUUGGCAAUCGACAUGUUACACAGAGCGCAGAUUUUCUUUCAGUUAUCAAUAAUAAAAUGUAACAGUAAUUCUCAAAAUUUUGGUUUAUUAUUUCUGCAUUUAUGUAUUUCCUUCAGUUACACUCCUUCGUUUUCCUUUAAAGAUAAAUCUCUAAUAACUCCAACAAGACAGGGCAAAACUGAAAAAUAGCCACUAUAUGAAGUAAAAAAUCUACGGAACAGUAAACUAACAUGUACAAAAAUAUUCAAAUCAAUUAUUAUACUCAAUAUUUUUCGCAAGCCAGAUCAUCGAAGUCUCGUAUAGCCCCAAACUCAACAAUUUGAAUCCUCAGAUUAUAUCUCAGAAUAUACACAAUCUAAUUUUGCAAACAUUGAACAAUAUCUUUUCAAGUCUCUAUUCAUCAGGGUUGUUAACCCCUUGCCCUAUGAUGCAUUGCUCAAUAAUAAUCAAUACAAUUACUUUACCAUUAAUAAUUUAUUGAAAAAAGAAAGAAAACUGUAGGCGUAUCUCCAUACUUGCUCUAAAGUAUAACAAUCACUAACAAAAUAAUGAUAUUUAAUUCAAAUUCAAAAGAAUCGAGUACUACAGAUUCAUCCUUGCCAAAUUUUUUUUAAACUCUUCAUUACUCUGUCACGUUGUUACAAGGGGUUAAUCGUCUAAUCAAACCGGAUGAUCGAGGUUCUACCGCACAUUUCUCGGCUUAUUGGAUAUUUCGUAAUCGAAAUCGCGUUGAAGCCAGCGAACUAGAGCUCGGAGAAGGUUUUCAGCUGCUCCAUGAUCGGAUACGAAGGAGCCAGGAACAGAGAGCUGGGAAAGAUGCAAACGUUGCGCGACAAGAUUAUUCUUCCGGCCGAGUGUACCCUGUGGAAUUCCACGGUCACCCCGGCCGGGAAAGGUGACUGCACCUUCAAUCGACUUUCCUGCUGUCGUUCUUGUCCGUGCAGGAGCUAGCUGAAUUCCAGACUCCCAGACGAGCUUCGAUUCCGAAAUAGGUUCUGGACGGCAACCCGUGGCCGAUUGUUCACGGGCAACCAAGAAAAUCCUUCCGCGCGGAUUGCGAUCGAAACGUGACACACGAUCGGGUCGCAGGGUGAAUUCGUCUCCGGAAUUCGUGGAUACCUUUUAGACCUGAUUCACACUAGCGGUCGAAUCACGGCCGGGUAUGACCAUUGCUGAUGUUAUUACAUCUAAUCCAACGAAAGCAUUCGCAGUUGGUACGGUCAAGUCAAAUCAAAAUUUAUUGGCCGUUCACUAACUUCGCUGGAUUUGAUCUGAUCAGCAGCGGUUGACGGCCAAAUACGACCAUGGUUGACGAGCAGUUAAUCAAAUUUGUCUGGGAAAAUUGAAUUGUAUAAGUUUAGUCACAGAAGAUAUUGUGACUCGCGUAAAAUGAAAAUAUGGAUGAAAAUUAACUAGGUAAGGUGCAAAGUAAAAAAUUCGCAACGACUGUGAAACAUUGGAUUUAUCCAAGAUUGAGUAAAAUAAAUUUUUAUCGAGUAUCGCAUCCGUCAAAAUAAUGGGUUUCAGUUUCACUUCGCAAUUAUUGAUAUUUUGAAAAUGUUAAAUAUCCAAAAUGGUUUUUGAAAAAGUUUCGCUUGACUACUAUAAUAAAUACAUGGAGAAACUGAGAAAAUAUAUAUAUUCCUACAAUUUUUAUAACAAUUGCAUAUUAAUCGUAUCAAAGGGUCAGCAGUUCUGGUCUUAAAUUGUAUUGAAAAACUAUUGUUCUUUUCUCAAGCGUGUAAACAGAAGUGAAACAUAUAUUGACGGAAUUUUAUUGGUUUUGAUCGUUGAAUGUAAUUGUUUCAGUAAAAUCGUUGGUCGUGACUAAUUGCGACUGUACCGUUGGCUGCUAGUGUGAAUCAAGCCUUAACUGAUUUGCAUCAGAGCUCUAAUUGUACGACCUGCCUUGUAUUAUCGAGUUUAGAACAUGUAUAACCGAUUGCAUACGGAUAGUUAACUUAUCGAGUUAUUUAUAAUUUAUUUUGGUUAAAAUUGUUUAUAUUAUCCUUUAUUAUUAACCAAUUAUAAAACUUGAAAACCCAAAGUAUGCUACACAUCAACAAAUUUCGGAAUAAUAAUUAAAUAAACGGGUUAACUAUAUGUUUUCAGAUUUGUAUGAUUUAAUCGGUAACAGCGUUGCGUUGAUAUUUUAAUCGUUGCAGUCGAAUGCUGUUGUAAUGGCGAUUGCGAGCUCUGAUAUCUAAAAUCGAAAGUUGCAACUAAAUAAUCUAAUUAUUCAAAUAACGAGAGAUUAAUAUGUGAUUUUUUUUCUCUUCUAAUAUUUAAGACAUUCAGUUGUAAUUCAGUUGUUUAUGGAGAGAGUUUUUAGAAAUUUAAAUAACUUUUAUCUGCAAAGAGUGAAUGUAAUAUAAUUAUUUUUAAUAACCCUUUCUUGCUAAAAUAAAGCAUUGAAAUGACUUUUAUUCACAUACAUUAUUCAGAUAGCCUAAGAAAAAUAUUUCAAGCAAUAUAUUAUAUUUUAAGCGUGAAGUAAUGCACAUAUUGACUGUUAAAAUGGAAUUCUGAGAAUAGAACAUUCUGCGAGCAUACAUCGCUUGAGGGAAUACACCCCUCUCUAACAGUCUCUUCCAUAUUGGCAAUUUUAACGAACACUCGACAGUCUAAUUUCGUAUACGACUCCAAAAGCACCAUGUGGUGGAAGAUAAAAAUAAAUGGAAACCGUUGCUUCGCGAAGAAUGGACGUUGUUAGUCGAUGAGAUAAAAAUAACGGAAGAGUUUCGAUUAAAUUAUUAUACAUAAUUAAAGAGGGCAUGUAGAAUAGAUUCUGUUAAAGUAUUUCACAUUGCAACAGUGAACAAUUUGUUAACACGACUUAACACCCAAUCACUUUUGUAAAACCACCUAAGUGAUAAUAAUUUUUCAUAUAAUAGACAUGUACGUAAGUAUUUCUAGAACCAAUUUCAGGUUUGUUGCCAUAAAAAUAAAGAAAUAUAAGUACAUUGUCAUUUUAUUAAAGAGAUAAUGGAUUGCUCGUUGAGGCAAAACUUAGAUAUUGACCCUAGAGCAAUAAUUUUGUCAACGUGAUUCUUUUACUGCCACCGUAGACAGGUAGUAGUUUAUACGUCAGAAAGAAUUCAAGUUUCUUAACUCGUUUAAUAAAGUACCUAAAUUGAUAUUCGAUAAGAUUUAAAAAAUACUUUAGUAUUUAUUAUAAAAUAUAAGAAAAUGUCUUUCGUUAAAUCAUUGAUCUUUUUUAAUAAGGUAAUUUUUACUUAAUGUAUUUAGUAUUGUAUUAAAUAAAUUUAUUGUCUGAAUUGUACAAAACGCUAUGACGUUUUUCGUUUCAAUGUAAUUGUUUUCUUAUUAAUUAACGACGACCAUUUAUCCGAAAGCGAUUAAUGUAACAACCGAUCAGCGACACAAUUGACAUUUUGACACGAUCGAAAUAUUCUGACACCCUCUGUGUUCACAAGAAUCGUCAUUUCGCAAAAUAUUAGAAAUAAUUUUAACAGAAGGUUAAUCGUAAUCUGUCGUUUAAAUAGACAGUGGUGUGCAGUUAUUUGAAAUCGUGAUUUCGAAUCAAGUUACGAUCAAAAUGAGAUGCAAAUUGAAGGUAUGCAAGAUUUCAGAUAAUUGCACGCGUUCAAAGCACAAACGAUCAACUGCAAAUAAAUACAUAGUGUAUGGAUCUUUGUAAGUUGUAUACAAUGCGUGAAAACAAGAAACUUUUAUUUGUAUCGAAAGAGGCCUAUUUAAAAAUCCUCUUGUACAAUUAAUUUUAAUUUCGAGAUCAGAAAUUUACGUUCUAAUUUUAUUUCUAUUUUGUAUAAAAAGUAUACAUAAAGUUCAAAUACCUGUAUUGCAUCUAUUACAGGCGUACCGUUCUCUCACACAAGGUUGUUAAAGAUAUAAACAAUUAUAUGAAUUGAUGCUCUUGUUACUAUAUUUCAUUAUUAUAUCGUCAUCCUUAUAUUAAGACUACUAAGAAUUAACAAGACUACUGAAGGCUAGCAAGAAAUCUAGCUGCCACAGUAUCAAUACAGGGUAAAAUUCUUGAAUUAACAUUGAAAUUGACAUAAUCAAAAGCAAAGAUCAUCUUGCUUAAAACUUAUUGAAAAACUUGAGCGUGUAAUGAACCUAACACCGCAUUUCUAAUUUUUCUUUCUGUAAAAACUCAUUUAAGGAGGACAUUGAAAAUACGUAACGUGAAUAUUGACUAUUAUAAAUAUAAUUCCAUGAACACACAGUGAAAUAUUUGUAAUUUAAAAUUACUUAAAACCACAAUCGAUUCAUAUUUUUCUAUAACGUCACAUACAGUCAUUUCAUUUUCAAAAAUACGUGGUUUAAAAGAUCAUUUUAUUUAUUAACGUCACUUUAAUAACGUUUUGUGAGAGAUCAGUUCGUUUGCCAAGUCCAUUUCUUUCAACUCUUCGUUCUUUUGUCAAAUCGAAAAUGUAAUCAACGUUAAACACCGAACUAAGCGUUCAUUUGAAAAGAACAAUUUUGUAUCGACAAUUUUUUACUCUCUGUACACUUAACGCUUAAAAAUUCCAGCGCGCUUAGUUUCGCAGUGACCGGCGUCGAAAUGCGCUAACGGAAGAGAGUUCCAUGCAAGAUCAGUCCGAAAUUAUUAUCUCUUUUACGCUAAGUGAUUUAUAAUGUUCUUUCCUAACGUUGUUUUCCAAUCCGGAACGUUCGUUUCUACGUCGCGUCGAGCUCGUAACGUUUGUACCAAGCGUUGUCUUUAACACUAAACGAACCACGCCCGGUUAAACAAUCGAUUUUAUAAUAUGAUUUAAAGUGCAUACUUAUACCGUUCAUUUGUCUAUUCCUAUACUGUUCAAUUAGUCAGAGAUUCCGUUUUAGUCUUUCUGAUUCUGAUUUUCAUUUAAUACAAAUUACUUUCCUCUUCUUAUACAAUUUUGAUCUAACACGAAUUAUUCUUUUCUUACACCAUUUUGGUUUAACCCCUUCAUAUACAAUGUCGCAUCAGAUAUACGGCGAAGAUCUUAAACUGAAAUUAACAAAAGUAAAUAAAUCUCAAUUAUCUUGAGUUCAAAAUAAAUAUUAGAUUUCCGUUAUUAAUUGUUAUACUUUAAAAUAAAAUUUUCUCCUCUGAUGCAAUUUGUUUGAUUUGUUAUGAAUUAGAGAAACAUUUAUUUUCUUUUUACACGAUUUGAUUCGAUUUAACACGAUCAUCCAAAUUAUAAUAUGAAUUUCAUCGUAUUGUUUUCUUCUUAGGUCUGAAACUAAACUCUAUUGUUCUGUAAGCUCCAACACACAGAACGUAUCUAUCGCGUAACACAAGAUUAAGUGUAUUAUCUGACUUGUUUGUCUUUUUUCAUAACCAGUGAUUUGAUCGGUUACGAUAAGAAUAGUUAUAUAUAACCUACCGGUACGUUUAGUGUUAAAUAAGCACGGUGCGUACCUAUUUUUUAUCAGCGGGCCCGAGAUUCGUUUCGAUAUUCAGCCUCGGGCGCAGAGUGUCCUAUGAAACCCGUUGCACCGUGAACUCGUUUCAUCAAUCGAUCACACGUCGGAACUCUAUCAGCCAGGAUUCGCGGAAUUUAUAAUCAGACCCGAUGAAACGUGUCCGCGGCGCGCACGCAACACUUUUGUCGUAUAACCGAGAAACCGUUCAGUUUUUAUCCGACGGAUUCCCGGCUGGACGCUCGGGACGCUCGAGUACAUUCGAGUACAUUCAAGUUAAGUCGAUACCUAGUGAUAAGACGCAGCUCUAAGUAUAUCAGAUGUUAUUUUUUAAGAAACGUAAGAGUUUUCGAGCGAAAGGGGACAGAGAAAUAUGGAGGGCAAAAAGAAACUGAGAACGAGGAAACAGGGAAUCAGCGGAGAAACAAAUCCGAUCACCGUGUGUGUGUGUCCGUCUGUGUUUUCGGCGAUCGAACCUGCGAAUGUUCAUUGCACCGGAGGAACCUAAAUUAGAGAUUGUCCGAUUGUAAUUAAGUAUAUUGUAAUUGUACAUGUCGGGGUCGAGUGUCGUAGACAAGAAAAAAAAGAAGAAAGAAUAUUAUACUCCGUUACGGUAUAGGUUCGGCAGAAGAAAAUUCUAUAUUUUACGAUAUGAUUGUCGUGCUAAGCGAUUGCGGGGAAGAAUGAAUUAAUUGCAUCGUAUCGUAUUGCUAGUCAAUCGACACAGGUUGAAAAGGGAAACGAAGACGAAGGGACAGAGAAAGAAAGAUAAGGUGAAGUAAGUGUAGAGUGUGAUCGAGUAAAUGAACUGUGUCGCGAAUAUUAAAUGAUUGUACAAAAUUGAAUGCCGAUAGUUUGUAAGGCCUAUCAUUUCUUGAAAUCGACUUACGUUUAUAUCGUACGAUGUAUCUAGUAUUAUGCGUCAGAUCGCACGGCGCCCAAAUCGUAUCUAUGCACACGAUUCACCCACGUUCCUUUCCCACGCGAGAGACGAAUUAGAGUUCUCAUUAGUUUCGUGGUACCUUUUCGAAGUAGUUUCCUGCAAACCAUCGAUCGAAGUGCUUUCCGUUAACGCUGACCGUCUCUUUCGGGAUCAUAGACGUAGAACUAUCCCUGCGCUAUCUCAAUUCUCCUUUUUCUUUCUACCUUCUACUUUCUAGGGGAGCCAAGUGUGUCGUAGUGGUUUUCCUCUUCCCUUUUUUAACACUUUAUCGACUGCAGGGUUCGAUUGCGAGUUUUACAGCUUAGAACGUUUCGAAGUUGGGUCAGUUUCUGACUUAUUUUCCAACGAAAACGAUGUGGUGGAAUCGAACACGAAUGCUCUACCAUUAAAACGACUUAUUAACUUGAAAACGUUCUUACACUAUUUCACAUUAUUUUAUUGCAGAUUUGUUUUCAGUGAAACUCAUUUCGAUAAAAUUUGCAUAGGACCGUGGCGUCUCGAGGGAAAUAAUAAUUAUUGUAUCAUUAGAUUUCGAAUAUUUUUUUAUAAAAUUGAUCAUAAAUAGAGGAAACAACUCUGUCCAAUACAAUAUGAAAGAAUUCAAUUGCAGAAGGUUAAAUGGAUUCUACACAAUUGUAAAGUUCCAAAUGCUUUGUUAUAUUUUUGUAAAAUGAUUGAUAUCGCAAAAUGAUAGUUUAAACGGAAUUUGGAUAAUAGAAAAUUUUACUAUAGCCACAAUAAGUGUUCAACUUGAAAGCUUACAAUUUAAUCCCAAUUUUUAAAUUCUCUGCAUUGUUUAUAAACGUAUCAGUGAAAUCAAUUAUUAGCCACUUUAAUGACAUUAACGAAAUAAACAAAAAAUUGUAGAAUGAAAAUUAAUUUAUAAAUAUAGUAUUAAUAAUGGAAAAUUAAACGCCAACUAAAAUAAAUAUACUAACAAAAAUUGCAAUUAUACGAACAACAUAAAUGCAUAAUCCAUAUGUAGCAUAAUGACCUUCCAACGUCUCACAAGGUCAGGUCGCUGUUUUGCCUUAGUACGGACACAUAACAUCCUUUUACAAACUAUAUGUGGUUGCCUUUGACGUAAACUUAUGACUUUUUGCAAACUCUAGCUAAUUUCCAUUUGCAAACGAAUUAUAUUAUUUUAUAAAUCAACAGAAAGACAUAAGAAAAAAGUUCGCCAUUGUAAACAAACUGAAGAGUAUUAUUGAAACAUGUUAUUUUGUUAAACGUCAUCUACGAAAAAACUUGAUCAACAAGCUAUGUUUUUGUCUGGAUAGAUUUAAAUGCUCGCCGGGGAUUCAGUUGAAACCGAAUAAACAAGAAAUUGAAUUCCUUGGUGUAAGCUUCAGGUGUGACUGAGACCACAGAUUUACAUGAACGAAAGCAGCUGAUGAAGUGUUAAGAAACAACAGCAAAAAAAAGAUAAAAUAGCGAUCGCAUAAUCAAAAGAACGAGUUGUCCAAAAUGACGAACUCUAGCUAGUCUUGGUAGAUAUUAGCGGUUGACUUCGGUGUCCAUUCCAGUUCUUCGAUCUUCGAAUUCAAAAUCGUUUCUAAUUUCAAAAAGACUAAAAGGGCUCACAGGGCUUCACGAAGCCAGCGGCGUAACAGGGAUUGAGCGAGAGAACACAAUUUUAAAUAAAAAAAGACAUACAAAUGAAAAGAAGUGAAAUUUCGGAUCGGACCGUCAGCCGGCAAACACGAUCGAAAGGGAUGUGCCGGAUACUCGAAAGUACGAGUUCGGGUCGGGCCAAAAAAGGUCAAUUCACAAAUUGCAUCAAUCUGUUUCAUGCAAAACGAAUAUGAACAUUAUAAAUACACAAGAAAGAUAUAAAUAAGAGCUGAAAUUUGAUUUACAAGUAAAAACAAAAUGUUUUGAAACUAUGGAGUACAUUCGCAGUAAAUCUGUUACAAAUUUUAUUUUUGCUGUGCAUAAAUUAUAUUAUAAUUAUAUUAUUUCAAACUUUACUCGGUUAUUUGAACAAUUUGAGUAUAGCAAAAACCAUGUUAUAAACGUAAUAAAAUCUAUACUCAAACUCCUAAAUCGAAAGUUUCACGAGUCCCGUCGAAUUUUUUUGAUCCGAUCCAACUAGAAAAUCGCGUACCCGAUAUAUGGAACUACCCGCACACCCCAAAAGACCGAGCAUAUGUACGAUGGGAUUGUACAUUCGUGUAAAGCAUAGCGGAGCCUUAUUGAGAAAGCAAUAUACAUCCUUAAAAACUGCUUAAAGUAUUUUCAAGCUGCUAAUUCUAUACGAAUAAUUAAUUCCUAUACUAAGUAACGUCGUGAUGUCUGAAUCCUCGGAAACUGCGCUCCUCCGUGCUUCGUUUCCGCGAACCGAGCGAACCCGAGUUCCGAGUAUUAAGGAUACAACCCACGGAUAGCACUUUUCAAAUUUUCCUAAACAUAUUCCAUUGCACAGCACAAUCUUCUUAUUUGAACUUGAACGAUUGGUGAUAUUGAUCGAUUGUUUCCACUGCCAUGUAAACCUUUUAACCGUACUUACUUUCGCAGAGCAUAAACGGCUUUCAUCAGAUCGUCUCAUAUCUUUUCAAAAAUUACCACAUAUCGGUCAAAUAAUAAGAUACGUAUUUAAAAUGAGGAUCGUCCAACAAGUUAACCUCUUCUGUUCGGUUGAAAGGUAGAAAAAUAAACAUUCGGAAAAUGUAUACGUUUCUCAUUGUAGGACACUGUUCAGUGCACCCGAACAAUAUUGAGUAAACGCCAUUGUAAUCGUAUCGAUUACAACAUGGACUGUUAAACGCGUGUAACCUUGAAUUUUCAAUAACUGUACAAAAGGCGAGGCUGUAUCGUAACGAUAAAUUCUUUUCGUUUUAUUUUUAUUCGAAUACACCGCUCGUGGAAUCGAUGCUAUACCGUGGGCGGCAGCCAGAGUCUCCUUAGACUCCGUUGUAAAUAGAUUUCCGAGAUAGCGUGUAAGAAUCAUUCAUCGCCUAUACGAUUUUCUCCCAUUUAUUGAAUCUUUAAUAUAAAGUAUAUAUUAACGGGAAGCGCGGUUCCGAUUCUGGCGGCUUUCUUUCUCUCGGCGGUUGCAAUCGAUCACUGACGAUGGCUGAUCGAGACUGUAAAUAAUAUUGAAGACGAGAGGGAACGAAGGCCGAAGGAAACACGACGCGCUCGUGGAAAAUAAAAAUAGUAGCGGCGCUCCGUAUUUUGGCGUAAAGAAUAAGCAAAUAUGUCGACUCACGAAACCGAACCGGGAAGACGGAGGUUUCAACGAGUCGUUGGGCCAUAACAUAGGUCAUUAAAUAUAAUAAUAUUAUAGGGAUAAUCCUGCGUUAUUUUGUACAUAAACAACUUUAUCAACGGAUAUUAAGA